GACAUGGGGCUGCUGACAUGGGAGCCCUUCCAUGGCUGCUCCUCCUCUUGCUGUUCCAGGGAGCCGAAGGGGACUCUGGAGAUGGCGUGGAUCCCGAGGAAGUGGUCGUGGUCCUUCAGGAGUCCAUCACCCUCCCCCAGUAAAUACCAUUUGAUGAAGAGGUUGAGAACAUCAUCUAGUCCUCCCACAUAAGGCUUGCCACUGUGAUGCCAGGGGAAGAGGGACAUCCAGCUACCAUCAUGGUGACCAACCCUUGCUAUGAGGGCUGAGUGAGCUUCCUGGAGCCCACCUACUACCUGCACGUCAGCAAUCUGAGCUGGGAGAACUCGGGGCCUUACCAAGCUCAAGUCAACCUGAGGGCGUCCCAGAUCUCCACCAUGCAGCACUACAAUCUUCGUGUGUACCGAUGGCUCUCACAGCCUCACAUGACUGUGAACUUUGAGAUCUCUGGGGAAGAAGACUGUAAUAUGUCCUUGACAUGAUCCAUAGGGAAGGCAGGCCUGGAUGUGACCUACUGCUGGAUAUCCUGGGAGGACGGCGCUGACAUGGUCCACGAAGGCUCUGUCCUUAGCACGUCCUGGAGGCCCAGGGAAAAGGCCGUCUCCUACACAUGCAGGGCAAACAACCCCAUCAUGGACAUCAGUUCUCAUCUCAUCCCUGCUGGGCCCUUCUGUGCAGAUAUUGGCUACCCUUUGGAGAAGUCCUCCACUUCCUUCUGUCUCCUGGCCAAGGCAUUGCUCAUCCUCUUGCUUUUUGUAAUUCUUGCUGUGGGGCUCUGAGUCCAGACAAGAUGCAAAAUGCCAAGAAUGAAGAAACUCAAGAGAAACAGAAUGAGACUGAGAAAGAAGGGGAAGCCUGGCCCCAGCCUGGCCUGAUGGCCCCCUGGGGACCCCUGCCCUGAGCAUUGUUUCUUCCCAGCCCCAAGGGAGACCUUCCUCUCCUUCGCAGACUCAUCUCUUCCCAGGGGGCCAAGGGAUGGGUGUCCCAAGGGCCAUGGUCCCCGAGGGAAGAUUGUCUG